AGGGGGGAGAGGAGAGGAGCGGGGCCGUUUGAUUGACGGUUGCCCUGGAAACGCGGGAGCCCCCGCCCCCCCGGCGCGGCGCAGCCAAUGGGCGGGCGCGGCCGGGCCAGCAGGCUGCGGUGCCAUAUAGUAUUGCAGCGGGACUGGGAGUCACGUUGGGGGGAGCCGCGGAGAGGAGCCCGUUUACACUACUUUGCUAUAGCAGCUAUCGUUAAUGGUUAUUGCGUGGCCGGGAGGAAACCUGAUCGGCUAGAGCCGGCCGAGAGCAGGAGGAGGAGGAGUGGACUUUCCAGAGCGAUAGGAAGGGGGGAGAGGAGGAGAAGGGGACGGGGGGAAGGGAAAAAAAAAAAAAAAGAAAAAAAAAUCAAACCGAAGCAUGUCUUCUGCCUCCCCCACGGACGAGAUCACGAGCGCGGUGGAGAUCAAGCAGGAAAAUGUGAUGGAAAUCCUCUCUGAAGCCAGCAAGGUGCCCCCCGACGGGGCCGCGGCGGGAGCCCUCAACCCCGCGCCGCCGCCGCCCCCUCCCGCCGCGGCCCCGUUCCCCAUGGAGCACGCAGGCUCCGCCGCCGCCGGGGAGGAGGGAGCCGCGGACCAGGUACUGCUCCACACGGAACUCCUGGCCAGGAAUCACCACGCUGCCUCCUCUCCCUCCUCCUCCUCUUCUUCUUCUUCUUCUUCUUCUUCCUCCUCCUCCUCCUCGCAGACCCCCCUGGCUUUCUCCCCGGACCACGUCGCCUGCGUCUGCGAGGCGCUGCAGCAAGGUGGGAACCUGGACCGCCUGGCCAGGUUCCUGUGGUCGUUGCCCCCGAGCGAUCUGCUACGUGGCAACGAGAGCCUGAUGAAAGCCCGGGCGCUGGUGGCUUUCCACCAGGGCAUCUACGCCGAGCUCUACAGCAUCCUGGAGAGCCACAACUUCGACUCCUCCAACCACCCGCUCCUGCAGGAGCUCUGGUACAAGGCUCGCUACACCGAGGCGGAGCGAGCCCGGGGCAGACCCCUGGGGGCGGUGGACAAGUACAGGCUGCGGAGGAAAUACCCUCUGCCCAGGACGAUCUGGGACGGCGAGGAGACGGUCUACUGCUUCAAGGAGAAGUCCCGCAACGCGCUGAAGGAGUUCUACAAGCUGAACCGGUACCCCUCGCCGGCCGCCAAGCGCAACCUGGCCAAGAUCACCGGGCUCUCCCUCACCCAGGUCAGCAACUGGUUCAAGAACCGCAGGCAGCGGGACCGCAACCCUUCCGAGACCCAGUCCAAAAGCGAGUCAGAUGGCAACCCUAGCACGGAAGAUGAAUCCAGUAAGGGGCAGGAGGAUUUAUCUCCCCAUCCGCUCUCCAGCUCAUCCGACGGCGUUACCAGCCUCAGCCUUCCUGGCCACACAGAGCCCGUCUACAUGCAGCAGCUUGGAAACACUAAAAUAGCCUUGAGCUCAUCGGGCGUCUUGUUGAAUGGAAACCUCGUGCCUGCCAGUACCUCUCCCGUCUUUCUCAAUGGUAGCUCUUUUCUUCAGGGACCCAAUGGUGUCAUUCUCAAUGGACUCAGCGUGGGGGCUUCGCAGACGGUUACCUUAAAUUCGCCCAAAACCACGUCGAGCGUUGUGAGCAACGGGGUGGCCAUUACUGACAUACUGUCAUCUUCGUCAGAAGACGUUAAGGACUUCAAACUUCUUCAGGCUUCGGUUCCCAACGCCGCGGCAGCCACCUUCACCCCCAGCAACAUCCCGGUCUCAUUCCCAGGGUUGAUACCGAGCUCAGAGGUGAAAAGGGAAAGCGUACAAACUGCUGCUUCCCAAGAUGGAGGCUCCGUAGUUACUUUUACUGCUCCUGUCCAAAUAAACCAGUAUGGCAUUGUCCAGAUCCCCAAUUCAGGAACAAAUGGCCAGCUGCUGAACGGAAGCAUCGGUUUUUCUUCUCUGCAGCUGCCUCCCGUUUCUGUGGCAGCUUCACAAGGUAAUGUUUCAGUAAAUCCCAGCACAUCUGAUGGAGGAACUUUUACAACUGAAUCUUCAACAGUGCAGCAGGGAAAGGUUUUCUUCAGCCCCCUCGCUCCAAGUGCAGUCGUUUAUACGGUUCCCAAUUCAGGCCAGGCAGUAGGCUCUGUCAAGCAAGAAGGACUGGAAAGAAGCCUCGUGUUUUCUCAGUUGAUGCCAGUCAGUCAGAACACGCAACUAAAUGUAAACAUGUCUUCUGAAAAUAUAUCCAGCGGAGGACUCCAGUCCCUGGCCUCCUCAUUAGUGAAUGUAACGCCCUCACAUAAUUUUUCCCUCACACCACCAACUCUCUUAAAUGCUGCAGAACUGAACUCUGGUAUCUCGGAGAGCCAGUCCAUGUCAUCGCCCGUGACCAGUACCUCUACCGUGAUAUCUAUCAGCAACACUAACUAUGCAACCCUGCAGAACUGUUCCCUCAUUACCAGUCAAGAUCUGUUGUCCAUUUCUACAGCACAGCCUGCGCUUGGAGAAAUAGUUUCUACAAGCGGAGACCGUGUCAGCCACCCCUCUGCACAAGUACAUGAAGAUUUUGUCAGAGAGCACAGGUUAGUUCUGCAAGCCGUACCUGACGUCAAAGAGAAUUUCUUACCUAAUUCAGAGAGUAAGUCAACUGGCAAUUUAAUGAUGCUGGAUUCGAAAUCCAAGUAUGUUAUGAGUAACAUGGUUGACACGGUUUGUGAAGAACUGGAAACGGACAAAAAAGAACUUGCCAAACUGCAGACAGUUCAGAUGGAUGAAGAUAUGCAAGACUUGUAACUUUUUUUUUUCCUUGCUUUCUGUUUUGAUAGAUAAGUCUCCUGUUGAGGCCCUAACAAGCACCAAGUGGGGGUUUUUUUUUUUUGGUUUGUUUUUGGUUUUUUUUCAUUUAAAGAAAACAGAACAUUUAAAUGGUCUGAAUCGAUGUACAGAGGAAUCUCUGGCAAUGGAAUUAGGUUGCCACACUUGGUUUGCAUGCAGUAUUCUCUUUUAAGCAGAUUAAAGGAGAAAGGAAAUGCCAGGGCAAGUACCGAGCGAAUGGGUGCAGGUUUGGCUAAGAGACACUACUCUGGUAAUUUAACUAGACUCUCCAUAGUACAACAUACUCUCAACAGUAAGUAUACACUCCUAACUUUAGAUAGAAAACAAAAGUCUCGCUCCGAAAACGUAGAAACAACGCGGUCAUUUUUGCUGUUUACUUCUAGUCCAUGGGCAUUGAGAAAUUUUUAAGGAACUCUAGACGAUACCUCACCGGCUACUUCUAUGUUGUUUGAGGUUAAGAAACAAAACAAAAUCAUAAAUAAUAUUGUUACUGGUGUAUUUGCUUUUUUUCCAGCAGACCUGCUUUCAAACCAAAAAUGUCACAUCAAACAUUUACAGGUUUCUAAAUGCUAUAGCUAGCAUUUUGUCAGUGCACCAGAAAAAGCAUCAUUUGAAACUCUAAUUAUGCAACUCAGAAGCUUUCUCUCCAGUAUGAAUGUAAAUAUUGUUUCAGUUCUUAUAAAGGAGACUUUUUUUAAAUUAGUACAAUGGAUUUUAUUUAUGGUUUAUGUUCCCUUUCACUUUAGACACAAGGCAUUGAAAAGGAAAACGUUUUCUGGCUGUUUAAUUUAUUUUUAUUGUUUGAGCAGGAAGUAAACGUAGUUAUUUCUGACAAGGUUUUACUUUUUUGUAGUUUUUCAAGCAAUAGACUGUAAAAGUAAAAUGUUAAUCACACUGAAACUAGAAAAUGAACUCCCAGUCUCACAAACCCAGGAGGUCCCUGUCUCUACCCCCUCUGUCUUUGUGUUCAGGGGUUUUUCGUUUGUUUCGUUAGUAAUUUGCGAAUUAGUUGAACCUUUUUGUGUAUUUUUUACAGAAUUCCACGUGCCUUUCUUCCUAGUGGCCUUAUCUUUGUUACUAAAGCACAGUGGUAGGAGGAAUAAAAACACUGAUUUGCAAAUAUCCGUCCUCAGGGCCAAAUCCUGAUGCCUUACUUCUGCAAGUAGACCCACUGACUUCGGUGCCCCUACUUGCACGAGUAAGAAGAGUUUUAAGUCUGUCAGUCAUCGUGGGUGACAUUUACUAGCGGUGCAGAGCGCCAAAGAUAGGUCCUUCCGCAGCACGUCAGCAGGGCAGGAGGAGUCCAGAGAGGGACCAUGGGCAGAGCCGUCAUGCCGAGGGAGAGGUCUUGGCUCCAGCCUCGGGCAGAUGAACAGGAAAGGUUGGAUGGGCAGUCCAGGGAAGGGAGCUCCAUGUUUACAUGGACCCAUUGGCCAAAUAUAUUGGCUCAUGUGGGAGGGCUUCAGCUGCUGUUCAAGCAAGCAGGCCCCCAUCCAGGAGUGCACUAAAGCGUGUAUUUAUAUAUCCUUCCAGAAUAAGCAGCGUGGGGGCUGAUGGUGGGAACUGCAGCUGCCCGAAGGCCUCCUGGAAGCAGCCAUGGUCUUUGCCUGGCUGGGGAUGGGUCUUCUCUCCCUUUGCCCCCGUGCGCUGCACCGGGGACAGCAGAAGCAGGUGGGCUCUGGGCAGGUAGAGCAGCUCUUACCUUUCCUCCAGCGGAGUUUUUGUAGCAUGGAAAAGCACAUCCUUAAGCUUUAAAAUAAUAAUAAGAAUGCAGAUGUAUAAAAAUGACAUGCUGUUAAUCUUUGUGGUUUUGUUAUUUUUUUAUUCUAAUGUGAAUAUAUACAGUAACUAAAGCAUGUAUUCAUCCUCAUCAGGGGCCUGGUCCAAAGCCUUUGGAAGGCAAUGGGAAAUGUUUUCAUAAGCUUCUGUGGGCUCCAAAUCAGGCUCAGGACAAAACAAGAUCACUUGUAAAGGGCAAAAAAAUGGAAAGGAAAGAGAAUAGAGGUAGCACAUCCUGGUCUGUUUCUGUCUUGGUUGUUAACUGGUUCUGUGGAAAGCCUUUGAGGAAUGAAGGUUUUUUUCUGUGCGCCCAUGAGCGUGGCAUAGGCAUCCUCACUGUUGUUUUGCACUAUAUUGAAUACAGCAUGUUUUGCAAGGUAUUCUGUGGAACCUUGAAGCUGAGCUCUGUCGGUAGGCACUGGAGUCCAUGCUGCAAGCAUCAGAGUCUCUAGGGCUGCAGGGAAAGGGAAGAGCAAGUGUGCAAGGCGUGCACUUUGCAGCUGUACCGAGUCACUGAUGCUCUGCAAACAGAAGCAGCCCAUAAGCAGUUGGCUGUCCCCACCUGCUCCCAAGCAAAAAGGGUGUUUAAGGCAAGCGCUUUAAAGUGGAGAUUAUCACAAGCAGAACAUGGAGCUAUACGUUUCCCUGGCACAACUUCCCUUGACAUUCAGGGGAUCUCUGUGUGAGCAGGGAAUUGGAUAGUCCAGAAUUCUCCCCUCUGCUCUGCUUGUUUAUGCUUGCUGCGCUCCAGCACGAGCAAUCUGCUUGCCACCUCUUCUUUGCCCAUAAAACCAAGAUGAUGAUGACAGUAACAGUAGAUGUAUCUGCCUUGCAUGAAUUUGUUAAACGGUUUGGAAAAUUAGAAGGACCCUAUAUCGUUGUCAUAUUAAUGGAGAACGUGUGUGUGGCUCUGAAGGAGUUGUUCGGGGCUUAACAUUUCAUCUGUGAAGCUCAGACUAUAUUUGGAGGCAAGCUAGAGAGUAUUUCAGAGCACUCUCUUGGUUGUUGACAUGAUCAGGUCUCAUAACUGAAAAGACUGCGGUGUUACACCAGUACCUGUUACUUUUUUUUUUAUUAUUAUUUUUCCUCCUUUGCAUUUGUUGUGUUACUGAGGCUCUGAAUUCUAUGGCUUUGCAGCACAGUUGACAUGAAAACUGUGUAUGUUGUUACAGUGGCACGUAUCUUGGAGUGUCUGGUACUUCUAAUAGGAGACUUCCCGCUCUUCAGUGGGAGCGGAGGAUGUACAUAAAAGCAGUGGUUUGGGACAAAGUAAGAUUAAUCUAUUCUAGUCUUCCAGAUACCAAUAACUUAUUUUAUUAUUGUGUUUUACUCUUUCUUUCUCCCAUUGAAACUAAGUGUCAUUCCCUCCAGAUAAUGUAGUUAUAACCUCAUGUUUUCUGCAGGUACAUAUGCACAAUAUAAAGACUCAUUGCACGGUACAGUGUUUUUAAAAUAGAUAUUUAAAUAGUAGUUUUACUCCUACUGUAAAAUAAGAGUCAGUUUUUAUUAUGUGGCCCUCAAGCAAGCAGGCUAACUGCUCUAAAUAGACAGUACACAAAGUCCCAAAAAGCAUCUGGGGCCAGAUCUUCGGCUGCUGUUAAUAAGGCAUUGCUCCACUGAUUCCCAAACUAGGGAUUUUACACAGUGUUUAGGGGAUAUGGAUGCUCAUGUCCCACACACAUGAAUGGCAGUGAGUGUCUAAGCCCCACAGACAGUCCUUAUUAUCACAUUCUGUUGUUCAAAUGGAAGGUAUGUCUAUCUGGCAUACAUGUUCCUUCUCCCUCCCUCCUUCUCUGUUACGGAUGAGAAUAAAGGAUCGUUUCAACUUCACAUAUGUUUGUAACUUGUAAGUCCACUGGAAAUCUUACAGGAAACAUUGCCAAAUUCUAUGACUUUUCUGGUCCCAGGCUCAGCUUUGAAAAAUAUGCUUAAAGUUUGAUCAAAUUCCUACAAAGCAUGAUGUUAAAAAAGCCUUUGUUCUUUACUACUUUUAAUUAAAGCUGCCUCUGUUUCACCCAGAGUUUUGCAGAGAACCAGAAAUAUAUUAAAUUGAAUGCUCUCUCUGGACUAUUUGCAGCAUUAUUCCUGUGGUCUUACCUAAAAGGACAUUUCAGCCACAUAAAUCAUGGACAUCGAUCGGCCAGGUCCUCAGCUGGCUAAACUAGCACAGUUCCAUUGACUUUAAUGUCCUUUCACACCAGCCGAGAAUAUGGUCCAUUCAUUUCACUGGAGUUGGGUCAGGGACGGAUUUGGCCCAGUAUACGGUGGCAGUAUGAACCAGUGCACAAGGCUGACACUCAGACAGUUAUAACCGAACGGUCACAGUCUAUCGAAGCAUAUACCUCUUUCCAUUUACUGCUUUACCUUACCUGUGGAUUCAGGAAGACGCAUUCAGAAAGCUACUUUACCCAGAAGUAAGGCUGGAACCAUCUUUAUUGUUACUACUAUCAAUCCGAGAUUAAUGACAAUAAUGGACAGAUUCUGACUUCCAAUCCUGCAAAAUCACCUCAGUAACUAUUUUCAGUUAAAUUAAGCAGGGCAGAAUUUGGCCCUGUGUGCACAGGAGCUUUUCCCAUGUGUAGAUUUCCAGCACCUGUGCACUUCUCUUUGCAAGGGCAGAUGAACAAGCAACAAGGUGCAUCCCUCCAGUUCCAUUUGAAAUAUGUGCACAGGACUCCUGGGGCCACGAAUCGCCUAGUGCUUGUGGUCAAGAAGCAUCUCAAAUCGUAAAAAUAGUAAUUUUAUAACUCUGGAAACAAAAGUAAUGACAUUUUACAAGGAAGGAGACCUGAAGUCUUCCUGUAUCUCCUAGCAGUUAUUAUCUUGAAGGAUAUUUUAUACCUUACUUGUAUGUUUCAUAUAAUUUAAAGCUAGCUUCUUAAAUUUCUGAACUCAAGGAGGGGGUGAAUCUUCUGACUUUCAGGAUUCAUGUUCAGAGGAUGUUUGUUCUUUUGCUGCAUGUACUGUUUGUCCAGAACUAACCAGUUAUUUCUGCAAUAUGGGUUUAUUGUGCCUUACAACAAAUAUGAAACUUAAGCGGAAUGUACGCAUUAGAGGAGGGAAUAAUCAGAAGACUUUACUGCACUGUUAGGUGAUGCCGCCCCAGAGUGUAUCAUCAAACAUAUCUGUGCUUAAUUACCCAACCAAAGAGAUCUAAAGUAUGUAUGUUUGUUGUACUGUAAUAGGGGUUUGUGCCUGGACAAUUAAGUGUUUUAUUUGUAUUCUGAGAUGAUGUGAACUUAUUUUUCUAAACACUAUACUGAAUAAACUUUAUAUUUAUACACA